ACUAAGUCAAAAGCUGCAUACAAAAGAAUGACUCUCUAGCUGUAGUUUCAAUAUUAGCAGCUUUGGUUCUAUAAUGAUGGCUAGAAGCAAAUGUGCCCAGAAUAAUUUUUAUGAUGGCCUGGUGGAAAAAUGUAUGCCCUGCUACCUACGCUGUUCCAAACCACCUGUCAGCUGCACUGCAUACUGCAUCAAACCUGCAGUCGGCUCCAACACCAGCUCCAGCUCUGUGUCCGAGAAUAACAAUGUGUGGCUGAUCCUGCUUUUCCUAUUGUUGUGUGCUGUUACCACACUGAUGCUGCUCAUUCAGAUACUACGCAAAAGGAACUGCCAGCCAUUCCUCAGAAAGGAAGGGAGACACCAAGAGCAAGGGGGAGACUCUGGAAGAGAGAGGGAUUUGGAAGCUUCAAAGGAGACUGACGAGGCACACGAUAGAACCAUGAUCAGGGAUGAAUUAGAGCAAACGUACAGUGACACUCUUUAUAAUUCAAGUCUACCUCUACCAUCCACUGAAGAGGGAACCACCAUCCUGGUCACCACAAAGACAGCACGGACCUACAAUCACGCACAUUACUGUACACAAGACAAGUCACUGAACGUAUGUAGAUCUAUCUCGGUAGCCUGAGGCGCUUCAUAAGUGUCAUUAGACUAAAGAAGGGACAAUCAAAAAAGCUAAGAAAUACUUUAACACAAUUGUUAAGUAUAUCACCAUAGAAACACUGCAAAUAUGUUUUUGAGGUUUGCGAACUUUGGCCACAAUUGUGAUUCAUCUGUGUAAAUUGGAAGCGAAAGAUUAAAAA